UUGGCCGCGGUGCGGGGAUGCGCGGCGUUCUGUGAUGACGUCAUAGCGCAGUACGCGCUGAUUGGUGGAUUCGAGCUGGGUUUUGGCGCUGGCUGUGUAACGGAAGGAGCGGAGGAUGGCAGACACAGAGGCCGGGCUGCUCUACGCUCUGGGCCGCUGCGGGCUCCGGACUGUCAGGACCGCAUGGGUCGAGUCGGUUUGGGAACUUGACUUCACAGAAACAGAACCUUUGGAUCCGCGUGUGGAAGCGGAGAUCUCAGAGAAUGGGCUGGAAGUAUUCACCAACUUGUAUGAGAACCUCUUACCCUUUGCAUCCGAAGAUCUGGAGAACACACGGAGUGUUUGGAUACUGUUUGCCGAGAAUGAAAUUUGCCCAAACUCCCUGGUUGCGGUGCUCUACCACUUUAUUCAUACGGGAGAGAGUAAGAAAGCGGAUGUUAUUCAGCGGACACUCGCCUUGCACGCUGCUGGUCUCUACUUACUGCUUUUAGAAAUUCCAGGUAGCGUUGCUAACCAGGUUUUUCAUCCAGUCCUGUUUGAUAAAUGUGUGAGCGCUAUGGAGAAAAUUUGGCCCCAGGAUCCUGAGUCAAAUCGUAAGAGAAAGAAAGAAACUUUGAAGAGCUCGCAGUCGGAAGUCCGUGGUGGCAGGAAGAGACCUCGACCAGUUCGGAGAGAGGUCCCGGAGCUGAAUGAUCUGUCUGAAGAAGAGGAUGAAGAUGCAGUUUAUUUCUCGAACCGUGACCUCAUGAGCAUCAGGGACUCCAUCUUUCUUCUCAUGAAGAAUUUCUUACGGCUUCUGUCCAAGUUCUCUCUGAAAGAGAAACAGGAGAGUGUAUUACAUUGUAUGCAGGUCUUUAUCAACAUGACUAGCUUUGAAAGCGUCCCCCAGGAUCUGCCAUUUUCUCUCUCUGUGAACCGUAUGAAAUAUAUGCCGGAACUGUCGUACCAUGGGCUGUGGCUACUGUGUCUGCCCAUUCAUGGCAAUGGAAACCAGACUUUAAGGCGUCUCUUUCAGCGACUGCUCAGCGUUCUCCUAAUGAUGAAAAGUGGCGACGGUUCUUCUUCUGCUCUCCUAGUGAUCAGCGCCCCUGUGACCAGUGCCAAGAACCAAGCAAUCCGCUUCAUCAGUUUCGUGGUGGACGAGCUGAAGGACGUGGCGUUUCCCGUGUUGCAUAUUUUGCUGCAGCACAUCUGUGUCAAGUUCCCGGACAAGUCAGACUAUCGCACAAGCGCUGCUCAGGUGCUGGUGAAACUCUUGGAGAAGUUUCCGAAUGCUGAAUAUGCUUCGUUCAUUGAUUGGCUGUACAAAUACUCCCAGAACUCCAAGAUACCUUACAGGGUCUUUGCUCUUGAAGUUGCUGUUGCCCUGCUGGAGUUACCUGAGAGAGAGACCAAUGAGCUCUUCCCUCCUGAGAAAUUAAAGUUCCUGCAGCACAAGUUCCUGCUUCAAGCCCUCGUUUUCAGCCGCUGCUGUGACAAAGCUCCCACCGUGCGUAGCAAAUCGCUAUCGUGCCUGGCUCAGUGCUUGGAAAAGAAUGACUCCUCGGCCCUGGAGGGAGUGCAGGAGCUUUUCCAACGCAGUACUUGCCGUAUCACGAUGGGGACCAUUGUAUCAAGUGAACCUUCAGUCAACAGCAGCGAUGGUCAGCCUCACAAGACGUUGGGUGCUUUGAAAACAAUUGAAGUAACAGAUGGUGGUGACUCAAUGAGCUCAGAUGGAACCGAUACAUUGGCGAUGCUGCGGCAGAGAGCAGGGGAUGAGAAAACAAAUGUGAGGAAAUCUGCCCUUCAGGUCCUGGUCAAUAUCCUGAAGUUUAAUCUGAUUCCCUGUAGCUCAGAGGACCUUCAUACUGUCCAAGACCGCUGCCGAGAUCCUGCUUUGUCCGUGCGCAAACAGGCACUGACGUCCCUGACUGAACUUCUCCUGGCUCAGCCACAGAACACCUUGAUCCAGAAGGCCUGGCUAACUGGCCUGGUCCCUGUGGUACUGGACACGGAAAGCACAGUGCAGGAGAAAGCACUGGAAUGUCUGGAAAAGCUAAUGCUGCAGAGUAUCACACACUAUAACCGCUACAGGCCAAGCGAUGAGAAACAAAAACUGACGUGGGACUUGCUGACUCUGCUCACCACGGAAAGCCAGGAGCUCAGCCGUUAUCUGACAAAAGCCUUUCACUUGUGGUCAAAACAAAAUAAGUUUUCAGCAACUCUAGUGAACAACCUGAUCUCUCACACGGAGUCCGAACACUCUGCUCCGGCAUGGAUGGUUCUGGCUAAGGUAGCCGGCUCUUCACCAAAACUGGAUUACACCAAAGUUAUAAACUCCUGGGACAGAGUCAGCAGGGAGGCUAAUGCCAAUACCACCACUACUGGGCAUAUACUGUGUGUGAUUGGUCACGUUGCCAAACAUCUUCCUGCUGACACCAGAAGGGGUCUGAUUGAUCAUUUAAAGUCUUGGUUGAAGGAGUUUAAGUCCACACCAGAGAUUAUUAGUCAGUCUGUGGAGAGUCUGCAGAAGCUCUGCUAUGCCCAUUCUGACAGCCCUGAGAAUGCACAGGAUCUGCUCAAUGAUGUUUGUGGCGAUUUAGUUGAGGCCUGUGAAGGAUAUCUCUCCUCUGUAGUGAUGGCGGAUUGCAGAGACGAGCAGCUUGACCAGGAACUGAUGGUCAAGUAUCUCUUUACCUUGGGGGAAGCUGCCCAGCAAUGUCCGGCACGGGUAGGAAAGCGAGUCUUGCUGCUGGUUCAGUCCAUUCUGGCCAGUUCUGUUUCGGAUCAAAAUUCCUGCGGCUCUGAGAGUGAGGAAAUACCGGAUUCCCAACCCCUUUCUCAGUUCAGAGGCUCUAACAUGCCGCCCCUGGUCCGUGCACAUGCCUUCAUUACACUCGGGAAGUUGUGUCUGCAGCAUGAAGACCUGGCUAAGAAAUGUAUCCCGGCUCUGGCCCGUGAGCUAGAGGUGUGCAACGACGUGGCGAUUCGUAACAACGUGAUCAUCGUGAUAUGUGACCUUUGCAUACGGUACACCACCAUGGUGGACAGAUAUAUACCCAAUGUGUCCGUAUGUCUCCGAGAUAGAGAUCCGUUCAUCCGAAAGCAGACGCUCAUCAUGCUGACCAACCUGCUGCAGGAGGAGUUUGUAAAGUGGAAGGGUUCCCUUUUCUUCAGAUUUGUUAGUGUCCUCGUGGAUUCUGACCCAGAUAUUGCCAAAUUUGGGGAGUUCUGUCUGGUUCACCUGCUGCUGAAAAGGAACCCGGUCAUGUUCUCACAGCAUUUCAUUGAGUGCGUCAUCCACUUCAACUCUUAUCAGAAGCACGAGAAGUACAAUACGUUUUCACAGACAGAGAGGGAGAAGGCUCUUUUUUCUCUCAAGGGAGCAGAGAACAAAGAUAAACGCAUGAAGAUCUACAAGUUCUUGUUGGAACAUUUCACAGAUGAGCAAAGAUACACCCUUACAAUGAAGCUCAGUCAAAAUGUUCUAGCCUGCUUUGUAGAUGGCGUUUUACCUAUUGACAUGGAAGCAAAUGAAUUACUGUCUGACAUAUUUGAGAUAAUGAGCUGUAAAGAGAUUAAACUGUUGGCCAUGAGAUCCAAGCCUGGGGAAGACAUUGGUCCUGACGAUGAUGAGAUGGCAAUGGCGAACGCAGUGAUGCAAGUGGCGCAGAAGAAAAUCAUAUCUCAGGUACAAAAGAAGAAUUUUAUAGAGAACACUAUCCCUAUUAUCACGUCCCUGAAAGGCUUCUUGGAGCAGCAUCGCAUCCCUGCCGUGAGAGACUUAAUGAACUACUUGCGGGAGAUGAUGCAGGAUUACCGCAAUGAGAUAAAAGACGUCUUUGCAGCAGACAAGCAGCUUGCGGCUGAGCUGGAGUACGACAUGAAGAAAUACGAGGAACAGUUAGAACGGGAGAGACAUCAGAGUCCAGAAGUAGAAUCAGGUGCAGCUCCUGUGGCCGAACCUCCCCAAACACCACAGGGGUCUUCACGUGGUGUAAACGGUGCGACACCCCCCAGAACGCCUGUACCAUGCAGUGUGCAAGCCAGACCAGGCACCCCACUGAGUACACCAGUUACUACACCUCGUGUUGGCAUUCUGCAAGCUCAGAGACCCAGGCAGAUGUCACUGAGCACCUUCGCCAUCUUAAACUCCGCAAAAAAAGUGGUUGAAAGUAACAGAAAGCAGCGCAGCAAGAGCAUCGGAGCGCGCCCAUCAACGCACUCUCAGUUUAGUGCGGGCAGCAGUAAACAAGUGUCUCUACGCACGCCAAGCCAAGAGAGCUGCUCAAUGGAAGGAAGAGCAAUCAGCACUCCUGACGAAACCAUUAAUAAUGUGACAUUUGGCGCGGGGGUCAGCCACAUUAGCGCCAACCACACAUUUUCCUCUGGGAGGGGAAGUGAUGCCGCCCAAGAGCCAGACCAAGAUGUUCUCUACAUCAUGUCUCCAGACCGACCCGCUCCUCAGCCACGCCAAUGGAAAGUGGAGUCUCCGGCACACAGGAGAAGCAGCCGGCGCAGACCAUCUUCCAGAACACCACUGAAACCUGCAAACUAGAUUGUUCCUGUGGGUGUAGUCUUGAUCUCUGCUUUUAAACACCAUGCUGUGCCAUCAAGUCAGUGUAGCAGAAAGGCUGGUUGGUUUUGGACUUGUUUUUAUAGAUGCCUGUAUAUAUCUGUAUUAUACUGCUUGACAUGUACCCAUGUGUGAUUUUUUUUAUUUUUUUAUUUUACAUAGUUCAAAUUGUGGGUCACUAUUUGCUUCAGAUUCAUAUAAUCAUCUCAUUGCUUUUGGCAUAUUAAAAGGUCUUUAUUUUAAAUAUGCCAUAACUCGUGGCAGGAGGCGAGAAGGGCACAGUAUUGAUUUGCAGGGUCAGGUUCAGAGUGAUCUUUAUAAAUCAACAGUUUUCUAGCAGAGCAAGAGAACCACAUCGCUCAUACGCUGCACCCUGUGAUAAUUUAAAAUAUUAACUCCUUGCAUUGUGUAGCGUGAAAACAGAUUACUGAACCCUUUCUAUUGCUGUCUUUGCACCUCAGUUUUUUCAGAACUCCCCUCCCAUGAUGCUUGUUAGCGGUUAUGGCUUUAAAUGGAUUAUACUCCCCAAUCAAACACUUACUUUAUGAGUCUUCGGGGUUUGAUCUGCCUCUACCGAAUAUUAUUAUGGGUGCGAAACCUUAUGCAAAAGCAGUAGCUAAAUUUUUAAGCAAUUGUAUCUCAUGUACUGCAUGGCCGUGGCCAAUGGCCAUGAACAGACCCUGACUGGAUCUCUAAGUACUUGCCGCAAGAGGCAACGUAUCAAGUGCCAGGGAUGCACUUCUUAAUCAUUAUGCUUGUUCAUGUUUGUAAAAUAUUUUGUAAAAUAAAUCAUUGACAAACUUUACUUGGUAUCGGUCUUGUUAAUUCUCUCUAAAAAGUUUCCUACUCUUUAGUCACAGCCUGGCCUUUUCAAACAAACCGUGCAAUUUAAUAAUCAGUUUGAUAUGUUUUGAAUAAACCCUUGG